UAAUUAUAUGAAAGAUUAUAAAGGAAAUCUUAUCUUCGUUAUUGGACCAAAAACAGGAGAAUAUCGGUGGACAAAUCCAAUGCCAUUUGAUAAAGCAUUUAAUAAGUAUGGUUGGAAAUUAAUAGGUAAAAAAGAAAUGGAACGAACAAAUGAUUUUAUUACAGUUUACAGUAAAUGAUUAUAUUUUGUAAAAAUAAAAUUUUCAAAAAACAUAUCAUUUGAUUAGAUUAUUUAUAAAAAAAACGAAUUUUUUAUUUUGUAAUAUUAAUUAAUAUUUCGUAACAAGUUUCAAGAUAUAUUUAAAAUAUUUUCGGAAAAGAUUUAUUUCUAUUUACAUUUUUUAUUUUUAUAAAAUAAAUAAAUUUGACAUAUUGCUUUGAAGCUGUCUUCGAUAAAAGAAAUUUUAUCGUUCGACUAUCGAAUAUUUCUCGCUGCGAUAACAGAUUACAGUACAUGUGGUAUUUUUGUUUCAAGUGUCAACAGUUAUUAAUGUCAAUAGUGUUUUAUAUUUAUAAAUGUCAAACAUUUGAAAUAGAAAGAUAUGUCCGCAAACAAGGAUAUUAAUAUAUUAAAGGAUCAAGAUGAGAAAAACAAGUUAAAAGUUUAUUGUACAUUUUGUCCAUCAAAAAUGCUUAAUGCUGGUGUAGCCCGGCUAGUUAAUAUUGAGUUUAAUCUACCCUAUAUACAUCGUAAGGGAGAGGGUGAAGCUGAUCAACAAGAACUGAUAACCGAUUAUUGGUUGGUGGAGGAUAUGUACACAUUUGAAAAUAUUGGUGUUUCUCAUACAGUAGACAAUGUAAAAUAUUUAGCAUGUGCUGAUUGUGAAAGAGGUCCAGUGGGUUGGCAUGAUGUAUCUACAAAGAAAUCGUACAUUGCGCUAAGUAGAGUUAAGCACGAAUAAUUAAAUAAAGUUAUUUUUUAAUUUUAUAUAAAAAAAUGGCCUAUUUUUUUUAUCUAUUUAUGCAUUAAAAAUAUAAAAAUAAGAAAAAUCUCAAAAAAUGUUUGAAGGAAAUCAUUUCUGAAAACUACUACUUUGCUAUUUAAGUUGAUAAUUUAAUACUUAAUCACGUACGUUACAAACACAGCCGAUAAAUCAGAUAAUCAAUCGUCGUUACGAUAUAAUAAUUAAUAAAUUACGCUUACGAUUAUAUAGAAACAAUUUAUCAAUGUACUUAUUAUGUGUGCAUUUGCGAUUUUAUAAUAAUAAUAUAUUGAUGUUUAUGUCAUUGCGACCAUUGAACUGUAAAAUUAUUUUCAUCUGAUUAUUCUCAUUAUGCAUAUUAGCAUAAUUAGCAUAAUUAUUUAUGGGUAAGAUAUAUAUGUACAUGCAUCUGUAUAUGCAAGUAAAUCAAUAUUUUACUUAAAAAAUAAUGUAAUUAAAACAAUUACGUUAUUAAAUUUUGCAUUUUCGAUAAUAUAUUUAAGAACAUGUAAAUAGGAAGCGAACUUUUUCAUUCAUUUUUCAUUGUACAUUGUAAAUUUUUUACGAUGAAAAAAAAGAUAUAUAUAUAUAUAUAUAUAUUAAUUGUUUCAUAAUUUCUCAUAAAUUUUUUUUUUUCUUUUUUGAUUUUUUCGCUUCAUUGUGAUAAUUCAUGAUAAUGAAGAUAAAGUUUAUUGCGUGUUUGUAAAGCCUAAAUAGAAUCGAUUGUAAUUAUUUAUUAAAUAUAUCAUGUCCUAUCAUUCUUUCAUUUAUGUGAAAUAUAUAGCAAAAAUAGUCGUGCAUUCGUUUUGUAAAUAAAGCUUGUUUUGCAUUCGUCUACUUUUUUUCGUAUUCUUCUGUCUUUAUUAUCGCGUACGAGUUUCUUUUUGAAUUGAACGGGCAUAAAUACGUAAUAUUACGCAGGAAUAAUCGAUUUAUGGUAAUUACAAAUAACGAUCGCAACGAUGAACAUCAAUUGUGAUAUAAUAUAUAUAAUAAUACGCGAUGACGUUGAUGAUAUCGUUUAUAACGGUAAUAUGAUUAAAUUUUCUGUUACAAUAAAUAAAAUAAAACAAUGACAAACAUAACGAUAUAUAAAUAUACAUUCAUAGAAUAAUUGAGCUUGUGAUAAAUAAUAAUAAUGUGUCGAUAAAGAAUAACGGUGAAAAAUAUCGGGUCAACAAUGCGAUUAUUAAAUCUUAUGCUACGAGAAUUUUUUUCUUUUCGAAAUUGCAUUAUACAAUAUAAUACUCGAAUAUAUCGAUUUGUUAAUCCUAAUUAACACUCAUUAUACUCGUUUAAUAUCGGUUUCUUCGUCUCUUCUUCAAUCUUGAAUUACGUUCCUUUUUUUCCUCCAUACACGUUUUACGUACGUGGAUACUUUUUUCAAAAACUACGUAUUCUAAUAUUCGCAAAUCAAUUGAUCAAGCGAUCACCGAUAUCGUGUACCGUUACGCAGAAUUUGUAUUAUUUGCGAUAGGUUUUUUUUUCUCUUCUUCUUUUUCUUUAUGAUAGAUGCGAUGAAAAAAGGUAGAAAAAUAACAAGACUAGAAUCGGAUAGACUAGAGAAUCGAACAAAUACACACGUGGACGUUUAUGUUAUAUAAAAGUCCGACGGUCGUCGCUGCUUAAAGUUAAAUUAAUCCUCAGAGUUAUGACCACAUUUACUAGAUAUUUCGGAUAUUUAUUUUGACAUAGACAUUGACAUCUAUCCUAUCCUAUCCCCCCUCCCCAAUAAAAAAUCACCAUCAUUUUUGAAUCGUCAUUUUCCCAUUAUAUCAUUUUUUUUUUCCAAAAUUGUUCAUCAUAUUCAGUACCACGAUAGUGUUCCACGAUAUUUCAAUGGCACUCUGAAUUACUUUAUCUCUCGUUUUCUCUUCCCUUAGACGAGAAGGAAUAAUAAGCGUAAUCAAAUACAUCGUUUUAAAACGAAACAAAAAUGAUGAUUUCGAAAGACACGAGUUGAGUGAAAUCACAUAUUGGUUACCACAAAUUGGUAACGAUAAAGACAUUCAAAUUUUAUAGAAAAGAAAAGAAUUAUUUUCAGCGUUUUUUUUUUUUUUUUUUUUUUUUUUUAUAAAAUAGACAUCAACGAAGUAUCAGAGUUAUAAUAAACGUAUUAUAAUUAACGUAUAAUUUUAUAAACAGACAGAGAUGAUUUUUUUUUUCUUCAUUAUUAUGAAAAAUGUGCUAAUUUGCUUAGUUUAAACUUCGUUAACGCGAGAAGCCAUAUAUUUAUAUACGUAUGUAUGUAUAACGAAUCAUUUCUCGAUAACGAUUAGCAUAAAAAAGUUUCGAUGCGAAACACAGAAUGAAAAUACUUUCUGCCUUGAAUUAUUUUAAGUCUUGGUAUGUAUAAUAUAUAAACCUUCUUUUUGCUUUAACAUCUUCCAAUUAUUCGUCUUAGAAAAUAAGAUCGAUUAAUAUCUAUCUCGAUUAACAAGUUUUUCAAGUAAGAUCAAAUUAUCAUUUACGAGAGUACGAGGAUUUAAAUAGAUUCGUCCAGUGUUUUUCAACCUUUUUCGAUUUACAAACUCUCCUUUUGUAACGUUCAGAUAAGUUAAGAUCCUUCCUUUCCUACACAAGGUAAGGAAAGCGAAGAAAAAUUAUCAAUCUGCUCCAUGGAUAAGCUCGAGAGCAAAAGGAAGAAUGUAAUUACAUUGAAAAUAAAUAAGAGUUAAUCGUGGAUCCACGAUCCGAAGAAGGUGAGAACCACUGUAUUAGACAGACUUUUGACGCUUUAAUGAUGCAUAUUAAAAAUCGAGCAGAAUGAAAGCUGUUCUAAAACUCUUGAAAAGGAUUGAAAUUGUUUAUCGGCAAUUUUAUAUAGUUUUUAUUGGUGUUUCUUUUUUUUAGAGAAUUAACCUAAAAAAAUUUGUCGACGACAACGACGACGAAGCUCAAAAUGUUUUGCGAUAUUUGACUAUGAUAUUCACCCUUCGUCUCACCGAUUCCCCUGUAACAAGGUUUUUAAUACUGUCUUAACCAGCAUCGUCGACCGAUGAUAUGCAGGAUCGAACAUGCGUGGAUAUAAAUAUAUGCAAUUUGAAAAAAUAAAUUCUCGCGGAAAAAUAGACUCGACUUGAAUUGCGAAUCGUUCGUAUUUAACGAUAUAUUUAUAUAUUUUAAAGAGAUAAUAGAUAAUCCGUUACGUAUAGGAAUGUCAAAUGUCGAUAUAUUGUACGUACGUAUAAUAAGAAAUUAGAACUAUUUAUAUACGAUAAUAGUAAUAGUAAUUUUAAUAUUAAAUAAGAAUACUCGACGAACACGAUCCUCCUUUUCAAUUAUUAUACACGUUUAGAUUAGUUAUUACAAUUCAAUAAGAAAACGUUGUUGUGAAACGAAGAGUGAAUGUUAAUUCUAUGCAUUCUCGAAAGAGGCAUAGCGUAAGUGCGGCUAAUUAUAAAGAUUUAGGAUUACGUGUUUUUUGGUCCGUGAUGUAUUAAACAUUAACGACAUUAAUUAAUUUAUUCAUCAAACGCGUCCUAUCAUUUAAACUUGUUGCUUGUUGAUUCAUCGCGGAUGACAAUUGCGUAUAAAAUAUAGCAAUAGGUACUUAAAGUCAACGAUCAUCCCUUUUUCAUCGUCACCAACCUCGGCAAACUUUUCCAACAUUCUCUCUCUCUCUCUCUCUCUCUCUCUCUCUCUCUCUCUCUCUCUCUCUCUCUCUCUCUCUCUCCCCUUUUUUUCUUCUUUUAUUGUUUCUCUAUUGCUUAUAGCUUUCAGGCUAAAAAAAAAAUUCACCGAGUUUGGAUAGAGCUAUAUACUUUCGCUCUUCGACAAAAUAUAUAUAUAUAUAUAUAUAUAUAUAUUUUAGACGAAUCGAAUCGUUCGACCAAGGCAAACUCCGCCUCCAUGCAAUUAUAUUCGUUGUGUCGAUUACGCGUUUAUUCGUCUUACUUUAUUCGAAUAUCCUUUAUAUCGGCGCCAUAAUAACAAGAGAAGCUUAUUUUUCGAUUGUUGGCCGUGUACAGCAUCCGUAUGAUUAACAUCUACGAUCCUAAUUUAUCGUUAUUUAUAAUAAAUAUAGCGAUGCGGUUUACAAUUACAUCGUUCGCACAGUGUUGUCGCUGUAAAAUCA